CCAGGGUUCAUGUGUAUCUCGGAUGUAAACAAGAGGGACCACCAGCAAGCAAGUUUUGUGAAGGAGGCACUGAUAGAAUUUUUCUAAUUCACGAUGACUGAACAGAAUGAAGAGGUCAAGAAUGCUGUUUUAAAGAGCCGUGAUAAAGGAGGGACAGGCACUAUGGCCCCUGGCCCAAGUGGUAGCAUGUCUGUACGUCUGCCUUCCUUCAGAGGGCCUCGUGACCUCACUCUCUCAGCAUCCUCUGCAUCAACGCCUAUUAAACCAACACUUAUAACUAGACCUAGAAAGACAUUUUCACCAAAUAUUCCUGUUAGAAGAGAAAAAAAUGAAAAAGUUUUGGAAUCAAAGGCAGAAAAAAGUCAAAAGCGAAAUCGUGACCGUGACAAAAAAGAAGGGGGCAGAGGAAGAGGCAGAGGUCGUGCAAAAGAAUUUGUUCAAACGACUGGUUCCCUCUUCGGUGAAGGGAUAGCAGCCACCCCUCAAAGACGGGCCGGAGGAGGUUAUGGGUUUGGGUGGGGAGGUGGUGGAGGCGGAGGUGGAACAGGAAAAGCUGGAGAUGCUGGCUUCAUUCACAAGCCAGUGCUCAAUCUGGAUACAGUUAAUAACAUAGAUAAGGAUCAUGAAGACCAAAAAUUAAAAGACCUCCUGCGAGACAAUUUCAUAGAUGACCCCAGUGAUCUCUUAGAGCGGGACAGUGACGAGGACUUAUUCCCAGUCCAGCUCCCAAUGGUGGACACUGGUCGGGGCUUUAAGGAAGAGGAUGCUAACCAGGAUGUCAAAAUAAAAAAAGCAGAGCCAGUUAUCACUCCUGAUGGCACUGAAGUAAAGAGUGAGCCAGCAGAUCCUGAAGAAGCCAUGGCAGUGGUAAAUGACGCAGCAGCUGCUGAAGAAACAAAAGAUAUUAAGAAAGAGAAUCUACUCAAGCAUACAGACAAAAAGGUUACGAUGAAGGGAGGUCUACCAGCAAAGGAAAAGACACCGGAACCAUCAGUGGUCCAGCUUCUGUCAGGGAAACACAAGGAUUUCAUGUUCUUUCAGCUACCAAACUCCCUUCCCAGUCACCCUCCAGACAUCAAACAGGAGCCACAUACUACACAGCAGAAACAAUCACAGCCUAAUAAUGUAAACAGUGCAACUGCAGAUGAAGAAGACGAGAAGAAAGCACAACCUCAAUAUUGUACUUUAAAUACAUUACCAGAAGGGCAGAUUGGAAAGCUCAAGAUAUAUAAAUCAGGGAAGACCGAGUUAUGGUUAGGUGAACAUAAGCUUAUCGUAAAUAAGGGAACUCAGGUUGGGUUUUUACAG